AUGGCCAAAGAAACUGCUAAGGUUACCAAGCGUGCUACCAAGACUGAUGAUGCUCAAAAGAAGAAGAGAACCAAGAAGGAUCCCUCUGCUCCCAAGCGUGGUUUAUCUGCAUACAUGUUUUUCUCUCAAGAUCAAAGAACUACUGUAAAGGAAGAGAAUCCUGAGGCCACAUUUGGUCAAAUUGGCAAGCUUCUUGGUGAAAAGUGGAAGAACAUGUCUGAUGAGGAGAAGAAGCCCUAUGUCAAGAAGGCUGAAGCUGAUAAGAAGCGUUAUGAAGAUGAAAAGGCUGCUCAAUAA